UGACUCGUGGCUCAGCCAAUAGAGUGAGGAUACGAGAAGGCAGCAGCCAAUAGGCAGUGAGGGCGGAGGUAGGACGCGGCGGAUGUUGGGGGAGGAGAUCAGACACCUGCAGGUGAUACACUGACCGUUACCUGAACGUUCUACAGAGAGAUACAUUGUAUCAGUAUGACGGCGCACUCCUUUACCGUGCCCAUGAUCAUCUUCACCACCUUCUGGGGCCUCAUAGGCAUCGCGGCUCCCUGGUUCGUCCCGAAAGGCCCCAACCGAGGUGUCAUUAUAACUAUGCUGGUAACUACAGCGGUCUGCUGCUAUUUAUUCUGGCUAAUCGCCAUUUUAUCCCAAGUGAAUCCCCUCUUUGGACCCCAGCUGAAAAACGACACCAUUUGGUAUGUGCGUUUUGUAUGGGAAUGAGCAAGCUUGAACAUCAGUCAAUUAAUUAAGAUUUUCCAUAGAAGUUGUUUCCCUCCUGCACUGCGAUAGUACUUGGCACACACGAAUACUACUACGUCCUACACACCUUGACCAAACUGAAGCAGAAACCAGUUCCUCCCAGUCUUAAAUUAUAGAUACCUGUUCUAUUUAUUGUCUUAUUAUUUAAGCAUGGUUUAAGAGUGAUUUGUAAAGAACUGUAGGUUGUUUUCUGAAUAUACAAAAAUAUGUACAUAGCGUUAUUAUAUACCACUGUAAAUGUUGACCCAGGAGAUACGACCCAUUGGGUUUAGUGGAAAGGUCACAUCACCUCCCCGGCCACGAUUGUAGUGACCACUAAUAUUACAAACCUGCUUCCUAUUGUGAGUACUAGAACCUGUGUCUAAAUGCAAGUGGUUUAGAACUAUGGAUGCUCUGUAAAUAGGAUAUGUAUUACGUAAUGAGAGGAGAUGCAUUCUGUGACUGAUCGUUAUAAUUACUGGUAUUGGUUUUGAUCUAGAGAUUGUUAAUGUGAAAUUACUGCAAACACCACAAGUCUCAUAACUGCUCUGGGAGCGUUUUUUUUUUAUUUUUUAAAGUUAUUACGGAAAAUUAAUUUAGAUUAUUGUGGCAUUGCAGUAAUCCAGAUUGGGAAAAGUCACAAAAUACAAAGUAGCGCUUUAACAGUGGUAAAUAAUGAACUUUCUUCCAAUACCCUGAAUCUAACUACCAUGUGAUGUAUUUAUAUGUGAGAGCGUUUAUUAUUUAUGGACUGUGCAAUAAAUUAGUGGAUGUCUCUAUUA